AGCAGCGCCGAAGUCGUGGUCGCGGCGGUUGACGCGGACCCUGCAGGCGGUUUCCGGCAGCUGGAUCGGUCAACCCGGGAGGUGGAGCUAGGCCUCGACUACGGAACCCCCACUAUGAACCUGGCGGGGCAAAGCCUGAAGUUUGAAAAUGGCCAGUGGAUAGCAGAGACGGGGAUUAGUGGCGGUGUGGACAGGAGGGAGGCUCAGCGCCUCCGCCGGCGGAACCAGCAGUUGGAGGAAGAGAACAAUCUCUUGCGGCUAAAGGUGGACAUCCUGCUGGACAUGGUUUCUAGGCCCACCCUAAACCAAAGAGAAUUACCGCGGAAGCGCCGCGACUCUCUACUUGGACCAAGGUAUUUCUUACUCGGCCGAAAGCCGAAGUCCGCCGGCCAGAAGGCGUCGCUCUUUCCCAGCACUUCAGCCUCCGGCUCCCGGAAGUGCAGCUCUGUCCGCCAGGGGCGCUGCACUCGCCUCCUCGCUUCCGCUUCCGGUGUCCCCCUUGCAGCCAUGGCCGCCGCCGCCGCCGCCGCCGCUGGCGGCCCUGGGGCGCCUCUGUCCCCGGACGAAUUGCUUCCGAAAGGCGAUUCCGAAAAGACUGAGGAGGAGCUGGAAGAAGAAGACGACGAGGAGCUAGAUGAGACCCUGUCGGAGAGACUGUGGGGUCUGACGGAGAUGUUCCCAGAGAGGGUCCGGUCCGCGGCUGGAGCCACUUUUGAUCUCUCCCUCUUUGUGGCUCAGAAAAUGUACAGGUUUUCCAGGGCAGCCUUGUGGAUUGGGACCACUUCCUUCAUGAUCCUGGUUCUUCCUGUUGUCUUCGAGACUGAGAAGUUGCAGAUGGAGCAGCAGCAACAACUGCAGCAGCGGCAGAUACUUCUAGGGCCUAACACAGGGCUCUCAGGAGGAAUGCCAGGGGCUCUACCUUCACUUCCUGGAAAGAUCUAGAUUGCUACUGCUAUAUGACUUGUCUUGGUGGGACAAGUUUGAAAAUUCAAUAGUGUUUGAACUGCUGAUUAUUUGGAUUUUUUUUUUUUUUUUAAGUAACUUUGGCACAUUGAUCUAUCCAAACCCGUUGGGGAGAAUUCUCCCCAGUGUCUCACGGAGACUCCCAACUUGCAACUGUGCCCUCCACGCUGUCCCAUUUCUUCUGUUCUCACUCUGAUACCAGAGUGCAGCAAUGCAGACGGUUACUCCAGCUCUGGCCAUCCCGCCCCUUUCACUAAAUCACUCAUGAUCGGAAGAUCUCACUGUCCCAUUGUGGCACAGGAACUGAUGCCACUGGGAAGGAUGUACCCCAGACCAUUUUUGUUUUUAAGCAUGGAGAUGUUGGGAAGGGACAUGCACAUGAUAUGAAAUACAUUAAUGCAUUACAGCCGUAGUGUAAAGCAGCCACUGUGAAUUUCUAUGUUGGAAAGGAGGGAGGGCUGGGCAGCAGUUUCAACCAUAGGAUGGGGACUGUGGAGGACAGAGCAGGAGCUCAUGUCCUCUGCCCAUUUUGGCUAUGAGAGACCGGUGUCUGUCUAAAAAAGAAAAAAAGUAAGUGCUCACUUUUUGUAUUUAAAUAUUAAAAACGAUUCCAAUGGAAA